AUGGCUCGAUUCUAUUUGUCACUUCUUGCUGUAUUCUUAGUUUUUCUAACUGUCGUUUCGGCUGAUAUUAUCGAUAUUCAAGUCGGUCAAGGUGGCCUAACAUUUACCCCACAAAAUGUGACUGCAAAGAUGGGUGACUCGCUCUUAUUCAUUUGGCAAAAUGGCACUACCAUGCAUUCUGUCAUCAGAUCUGAUGCCCCAGCUGGAAGCUGUAUACAAGCUACAGACCUUAAAAGUGGCAAUGCUGGUAAUCACUGUAAAAGUGGAAUGUGGGGUGUGAUCACUGUGGAGGGUGCCAAUGGUACUACAUCAUCAAAGACUAGCAGUGGAAAUCGUAUUUCUGGAGGAGUGAGUUUGGGAAUUAUUAUGGUGGUCGGUGCUGCCGCUUUCUU